CAAUCUAUACCACCUAGAUUGACAGCCGGGGAUGAAGACGAGUUUGAAUUACAAUAGGAAGGUACCGUAAUACCAAGAACUUCGGGUGUAGGAGCAAAGAAAAAUCUCGUUUUCAAAACCUGCAAAAUUACAGCCAGCGGAGCGUAGAAUUUUUUGUGUGUGUGUCCCCUCUAUUCGCGUCCUUUCGAUUUUUUAUUUUUCAAAGGCUAUCACAAUCGCAUCACCAACAUUGUUGAAUCGCAGGUGCUAACUAAUCCAUCCUUGCGUAGCCACAGCAAAAGCAGUGUAGCUGGAGGUGGAAGAAGGCGAGGCCAGCAGCAAGACGAAGGCGGUGAUGCAGCCAAGAUUCGGGGGCCUCUCUCUCCUCCUCUUUCUGCUCCUCGCAGCCUCGCCCUGUUCCCCGCAGGAGCAAGAACACGACGUCGCCGGCGCCCUCCACGAGAGCUUCCUCCGCUGCGUCGCCAACGUCUCACCGACCACCGCCGACCCGUCCCGGAUCGUCCACGCGCCGUCGGAGCCCUCCUACCCUUCCCUGCUGAACGCCACCAUCCAGAACCUCCGCUUCGCCUCGCCACGGACGCCGCACCCGACGCUGCUCCUCACGCCGGCGACCGCCGGCGAGGCGCGGGCCUGCGUCGCCUGCUGCCGGCGCCACGGGCUCACGGUCCGCGCCCGCAGCGGCGGGCACGACUACGAGGGCCUCUCCUACCGCGCGGUGCUGCCCCGCGCCGCCGGGGCCCGCCCCUUCGCGGUCGUCGACGUCGCCGCGCUCCGCGAUGUGCGCGUGGACCCGGCGCGGCGCGAGGCGCGGGUCGGCCCGGGCGCCACGCUCGGGGAGCUCUACUACGCCGUGGCGCGCGAGAGCGGGGGGACGCUCGGGUUCCCCGCCGGGAUCUGCCCCACGGUCUGCGUCGGGGGCCACCUCAGCGGCGGCGGGUUCGGGCCCAUGAUGCGGAAGCACGGCCUCGCCGCCGACAACGUGGUGGGCGCCGAGGUGGUGGACGCCGAGGGGAGGUUCCUGGACCGGGCGGCCAUGGGCGAGGGCCUCUUCUGGGCGCUCCGCGGCGGCGGCGGCGGCAGCUUCGGCGUCGUGGUCUCCUGGACGGUGCAGCUGGUGCCCGUGCCGCGCGUCGUGUCCGCCUUCACCGUCCGCCGCCUCCUCCGGCGCGGAGACCAGCGGCAAACCCAAUCAACGCUCCGCCUCCUGACGAAGUGGCAGCGCGUGGCGCACGCGCUCCCCGACGACCUUUUCGUCAAGGCGGCCAUAGAACCCAAGCUCGACUCCGCCGGUGAGAGGCACCCACUGGUGGUCUUCAAGUCGCUGUUCCUCGGCAACUGCAGCGGCAUGGUCGCCGAGAUGAGCACCCAUCUGCCGGAGCUCGGCGUUAAGCCCAGCGACUGUAGGGACAUGAGCUGGAUCCAAUCCAUGCUCUACUUCUACGGCUACACCAACGGCCAGCCCGCCGAGGUGCUGCUCGACCGGACCCUGCAGCCCAAGGACUACUACAAGAUCAAGCUGGACUACCUGACCUCCCCGAUCCCGGCCGCCGGCCUGGCCGGCCUCCUCGCGAGGAUCGUCGAGGACAGGGGCGGGUCCAUCGACAUCGACCCGCAGGGCGGCGCGAUGGGCGCGACGCCGGAGUCCGCCACGCCGUACGCGCACCGGCGACGGUACCUGUACAACGUGCAGUACUUCGUCAAGUGGGGCGGCGACGCGAACGUGUCCUACGAGGACGGGCACCUCGGGUGGGUGAGGGGGGUGCACGGGUUCAUGACGCCGUACGCGAGCUCGAGGCCCCGGGCGGCGUACAUCAACUUCAGGGACCUUGACCUGGGGCGGAACGUGGAGGGGGAGACGAGCUACGAGGCGGCCAGGGCGUGGGGGGAGAUGUACUUCAGGGGCAACUUCAGGAGGCUGGCCAUGGUGAAGGGCGUGGUGGAUCCCGAGCAGGUGUUCUGGAGCGAGCAGAGCAUCCCUCCCCUGGUUGUGGCGGAUGCAGGGGAGAAGCAGAGUGAGAGUGGAUUGGUUUUGGACAGCUGAUUGAUGAGAUGCAUUGAGCUUCUGUUCUUGCAAACGCUGUGUAGGAGUGUGUAUUACUGUAGGCUGAUGUUGCAGUGGGCCAGUGGAGGUUGAUAGGGAAUGCGAGUUCCUACAAUGCAGCGGAGCCGAGCUUGCUCAGCCGCCAUUUCUGGUAGAACAAAGGGGUAAGAGGGGGGGUCAGCCGCCAAUGGGUCAAAUGGCGCUCUCGAUUCGAGGUGGCUCCGCCAAUGGCCCAAGAUAUCUAUCUGAUCGGGAAAGUUUGGAUUUCACAAGGCAGAAUCCGUUUUGUGCUUUCCAGCGCAUCUUCAGCACCGACGAUUGGAGUCAAGGAGCAUUUUCAAACUUGAAGCGUCUCCGAAGAUACCCAGCAGUCUCAUGAUCGUCCCGGUUUCUUGAGUUGCAGGGGAGGUGAACAUAAUUGUAGGAGAAUAAAUUGCGUAUAAUGAAUGGAUUGUAUUGCAUUAAGGCCUCGGCCCGUAUAUAUAGAGUAUAUAGAUUUGGGGGCAAGGCUCCCCUACGUAUUGCA